CUCAAAUACAUGGUUUGUGUACUUCGUCCACUAUUGGUCUUUAAUCGAAAUUAGUUAUUUUCUUAGUUCGAGUCUCUCGUCGUUCGACUUCUCAGACCUGAUUUGGUAUCGCACGUUUCUCAAACCAGUCCAUUAAGUUCGAUUGGCUCGGCGCUCGACUUUUUUUUCCGUGAGCCUGGGAACACUUGGGAAGAACAUGGCGUCCGACGGAACGGUUUUAACCAACCACGACCACCAAAUACGAGUCGGGAUAUUAACAGUAAGCGACAGCUGUUUCAGAAACCUUGCCGAAGACCGGAGUGGAAUCAACCUUAAAGAUCUCAUUCAUGACCCAUCCUUACUUGGAGGGAUAAUAUCUGCAUACAAAAUAGUACCUGAUGAGAUAGAUGAAAUCAAGGAGACUUUGGUGGACUGGUGUGAUGAAAAAGAGCUUAACCUUAUCUUGACCACCGGUGGAACCGGAUUUGCUCCUCGUGAUGUUACACCAGAGGCCACGAGGGAAGUGAUCGAGCGUGAAGCUCCAGGGAUGGCUCUCGCCAUGCUUAUGGGCUCCUUAAACGUCACACCUCUCGGCAUGCUUUCCAGACCUGUAUGCGGCAUCAGAGGCAAAACGCUUAUCAUUAAUCUGCCUGGAAGCAAGAAAGGCUCACAGGAGUGUUUCCAGUUCAUCAUGCCUGCCCUGCCUCAUGCCAUUGACCUUCUGCGUGACGCUAUAGUAAAAGUAAAGGAGGUUCACAAUGCUCUGGAGGACCUGCCCUCACCCCCACCUCCUCUUUCACCUCUCCCCGUCACCAGCCCUCACAAGCAUACUGAGGACAAGAGCAUUCAGUGCGAGGAAGAAGAGGAGGAAAAGAAGGACAGCGGAGUUGCCUCGACCGAGGACAGCGGCUCCUCUCAUAUCACAGCAGCUGCCAUCGCUGCAAAGAGUGUGUUCCAUCCCACCCAUGCUGUUGUCAUGGCCAAAGGGGGGCAACCGUUGACUUGCUUCGUCCCUCCCACCACCCUUCCCUCUCAUUUCACCUGCUCCUGUGGAGACAAGAUUCCGGAUGCCAUCAUUUCCCGUGGAGUGCAGGUCUUGCCGCGGGACACGGCUUCUCUCAGCACUACGCCCUCAGAGUCUCCCCGUGUUCAACAGUCCCGCCUGUCCACUGCCUCCUGCCCCACUCCUAAAGCAUCACGGAGAGAGUUCAGGGCACACUUGGAUGAGGUCAUCUCACUCAAGUCAAGGUACUCUACCUUGGACCAGGUGCAGUCACGGUGUGGCAGCAAAGAGAACAUCCUCAGAGCAAGUCAUAGUGCAGUAGACAUUACAAAAGUGGCCCGAAGACACCGCAUGUCCCCAUUCCCUCUGACCUCCAUGGACAAGGCCUUUAUCACUGUGCUGGAGAUGACUCCUGUUCUUGGUACUGAGAUCAUCAACUAUAGAGACGGAAUGGGUCGUGUUUUAGCUCAGGAUGUCUACGCCAAAGACAAUCUGCCUCCUUUCCCGGCCUCGGUGAAAGAUGGCUAUGCCGUCCGAGCUGCUGAUGGGCCAGGAGAUCGAUUUCUCAUCGGGGAGUCCCAGGCUGGGGAACAGCCUACUCGCACAGUAAUGCCGGGCCAGGUGAUGAGGGUGACUACAGGAGCUCCUAUCCCUUGUGGUGCAGAUGCUGUAGUGCAGGUGGAGGAUACAGAGUUACUGCGAGAGUCUGAAGAUGGCACAGAGGAACUGGAGGUGCGGAUUCGGGUGCAAGCGCGCCCAGGCCAGGAUAUCAGGCCGAUUGGUCACGAUAUAAAGCGCGGUGAAUGUGUGCUGGCUAAAGGAACACACAUGGGGCCGUCUGAAAUCGGCCUGCUGGCCACUGUGGGAAUCACAGAGGUGGAGGUGCACAAGUUUCCAGUCGUGGCAGUCAUGUCCACUGGCAAUGAAUUGCUGAAUCCGGAAGAUGACCUCCACCCAGGAAAGAUCAGGGACAGUAACCGCUCCACACUACUGGCUACCAUCCAAGAGCAUGGCUACCCUACCAUUAACCUUGGAAUUGUUGGAGACAACCCAGAUGACCUGUUGAAUGCCCUGAACGAGGGAAUAAGUCAUGCAGAUGUCAUUGUCACAUCUGGAGGAGUGUCUAUGGGAGAGAAGGAUUACUUGAAACAGGUUCUGGACAUCGACCUCCAUGCCCAAAUCCACUUUGGUCGAGUGUUUAUGAAGCCAGGUUUUCCCACUACAUUCGCCACCGUGGACAUCAAUGGCACAAGGAAGCUCAUCUUCGCUCUGCCAGGUAAUUUCACCUACAGAGACACAGGCACAGGGGUGACUCUACUUGAGGCCAUGCCCUUGAGCGACAGCGAGGCAAGCAGGCUUCCUGUAUCUCCUCCCCCGCGCAGAACUUUGUACAAAGGUGUUCCUGAGGGUAACCCAGUGUCAGCAGUUGUCACCUGCAAUCUCUUUGUUAUUCCUGCACUGAGAAAAAUGCAGGGCAUCCUGGACCCAAGGCCAACAAUCAUCAAAGCCAGGCUGUCCUGUGACGUUAAGCUGGACCCGCGUCCGGAGUACCACCGCUGUGUACUGACCUGGCAUCAUCAGGAACCCCUGCCUUGGGCACAGAGUACAGGAAAUCAAAUGAGUAGUCGCCUAAUGAGCAUGCGCAGUGCCAACGGCCUUCUGAUGUUGCCUCCUAAGACAGAGCAAUACGUGGAGCUGCACAAAGGCGAGGUGGUGGACGUGAUGGUCAUAGGGCGGCUAUGAUGAAAUCAAAGCAGAAAAGAGAAAUGUGGUGCAUGUCCACAUAUCAUUUAUUAUAUUGUAAUAUGCAACGGCACAGUUAUUUUUGAUUUUUUUUUUUUCCCCCCUAUUUGGACAAAAGUUACCGAAGUAUUCUCAUCGCAAACGAUCAAAUCAUGUCAAUGGAAAUGUUGUGUUGGGGGAACAAAAAAGCCUGGUGUUGUAUGCGUUCACACAACGCAACAUAACAUUUAAAAGCAUCUUUGCAGACGUUCCAGCAGCUCAUUUCAUUUCGGUUUCAUGGUUGACUCAUAGAAAACAUUCUUCCUGUCCUUUUGAUCAGUUUUCUGGGUAACGAAACCCCCAUUGUCUCCACUUGUUAAUAAUGGCUUUCUCAGUGUUUCAUGGCACAGCUAUUGUAAAAUAUUGCAACUUUCGUCAUCCCUUACACACUUUGUAAAGGAUAAUUCGAUCCAUUUUCUAAGAGCGCGUACCCACCUGUCCCACUAGAUUAUUGCAAUAAUUGUUCUUUUUUUUUUCCUAAUAUAUUUCUAUUUGAAUUUUCCAAUUUGUUUUGGCUGCUAAAUUACAUUAAUGAUGGAAAUAUAAAAACACGAUUCA